ACCAGCGCCCUCUAGCGAACGACACUCAACAAAACAUGCAGUGCCGAUCGGCUCUGAAGCGUCUCGGCAGAGAGCCGACAGGCUCCGAAACAACAGCGCGAGGAGUGCCCGUAGCGGCGUGCCGGAACUUUUCGGUUCUUCUUUUCAACUUGUUUCAAUUUUAAAAUACAGCAGGAAUAACAGACACCGGAUAGAAAGUUAAAAGAGCGGAGAUCUAGUAGGAGGUUUAGAAGAAGAAGAAGAAAAAGAAGAGAAAUAAUAAGAUGAACUCUGGCAGCGGAGACAACGUCAACGUCCCGAAGACUUGGGAUUUGGAGCCGAUCUGCUCAUCCUCUGGUCACUCGGAGUGCAGUUCUGAUCUCAUGUCUUUGGAAGAAGAUAAAGAAAUUGCAUCCAAAGCAGUUCUACUCGUCAUCAACAGCGCCAGAAAGGGAGCCGUCUGCCUGUGCUCCAAUAUUGCGGAGCUCCUUCGGGAUAACCAGCGUUUACAGAAGACGGUCGAGGCCCAGAGGCGAUUAAUCAAGUUGUUGAAGAAGACGCCGCCUGCUUUACGGAGCCACGUUUCCCCCAGCUCUCAGACUGCACCUUCUUCCAGCUCCUCUUCCUCCAUUGUGUUCUCCACCACUGAGGACCUGUGGUCUUCCUCAUCUGGAUCAGCACAAGGCGAGAGGCGCAGCCCCGGCUCCAUCACACUUCCACCCCUUGCUGGUGAGCAGCGCUUGGUGGACUCCUUGGCCAGAUGUUCCCCUUCAAGUAAACCGCUUGAGAAGCCAGCACAUCCAGCAGCAGUUGCCAGUAUUUCAGAAGUUGCCGGCGCCAGCUUCAAGUGUCCAUCGAGAUCUCAGAGCCAGCAGAGGAGAAGGGACUGCCAGACUGCCGAGCAGGAAGGUACAGUACAUAAAAGUUUGACAAGAUGUGGGGGGCUCCAGUCUUCUUCAGACAGACUUCUUGUUACUUUCUCGUCUUUUGCAGUCAAAGUUUUGUUAUACAUCUUCAGCUGAUACAUAACAGAACAUGGUGAGGCUGCAAGAGACGCUGUAAAGACCCACCAUAACUCGUAGGUUGGCGUUCCCUGCAGUUCCCCCUUUUGACACCGAGGCUUUGAAUCAUGUAUUACUUUAAUGAAGCACAGAGUGUCAUGUCAAGAGGUCUGGAGGUGCAGGAGAGAGAAAGGGGGAGCAGGGAAGUGUGUGAGGAUUGACCAGGACAUCUAUGAGGGAGUGAGGACUCGGGUUAAAAGCAGUUGUUGGGGUAACAGACAAGAUGCCACUCAGAGGAGGUCUGCACAAGGGGUCUUCUUCAAGUCCUUACCUCUGGUUAUGGAUGUGUUGGUUAUGGAUGUGUUGACUCAUGAGAUUAAAUACCAAUCUCCCUAAUGCAGGCUUUUUGCUGAUGACUUUGUGUUGUGUAGCACCAGAAAAGAGGAAAUAGAGAGGAAGUUGGAAGAAUGGAGAAGAUAGAGGGUUGAAGAUAAAUAGGAAGAAGAAGACAGAAAGUCUGAGGUUUGAUGAUGAUCAGGAUUUAGAAGUUAGUCUGCA